AUGCUUCUGAAACGACCAACACAAGGCAAGCCACUCACUUACCCAACGGUGCAAGCCCGUCGUCCACCAAGGUCGCCAGCUCCAGCUAUGGAUUUGUACGGUGUGGCAUUAAAUGGCGCCUACCGGAUAUUUGUGAAACUACUCUACGAGCCAGUGUACGAGAAGCUGGUUGAGCAAUUCCAAGAUCUCUGCGUAGAUGUGUCCCCUGACGUGCAUGUGCGUAUGGUGGAUGUCUCUCGACAAUAUACGUCAUGGUGUCGUAUGCUGGUCAUCGACGGACGUGCCGCCUCUGCGGUGACUAUGAUCAUAUGGCAGCAGAGUGUGGGCAGCGAGGGCAGGCCAGAAGGCCGGCCGGUGGAUCAACGAAUGACGAUGGGCCCGGAGGCUCCCCUACAUGGACGAAAAGGAGAUGGUGGGCACGGUCGGCUUUGGAGUGAGGAGAUUGGGCCAGUGGUGGUGUCGAAUCUGGAGCUGUCGUCUCUCGAGUCGCCUGCAUCGCCGGUGGUACAGCAGGCUUCCGGGGAGGACCAGGUGACGGUGGAAGUGGAGGACUUGGAUGCGACAAUAGCGUCUGUUUUGCUUUCCAUGUUCUCAUCUACGGAUGUGGUCUCCCCGGCUGUGCCGACAGCCAGUGCGGAGAUUCGUGUCCGUGGCAGUAGAGCAGCAGAGGCGGUUGUUGGGUGCUGGUGGGGCUGGCGGGGACGUGGUUGGGACCCUCGUCAGAAGGCUGAGACGAAGGUGGUGGUGGAGGUUCAUCGUGUGGACGAUCCAGUCACAAACAUGGAGAAGGACGUGGGACGAGGAAGAAAGGCGGCGGCAAAGAAGCACGUGGUGUUUGGUCGAGUGGUGAGCGGACAGGAGGUCGUAGUCGCGAUAGAGAAUCUUCCUGUUGACAACCGCAGCCGCCCCCUUCAGCCUGCAGUAAUUGCAAACUGUGGAGAAUUGGUUUUGCAGCGGUCCAGCAAACUUAAAGCAGAAAAGAAGCACAAAAAGAAGGAAAAUGUAGCAUCAUCUGAUUCUGACUCAGAUAGUGAAAAAAAGAAGAAAAAGAAGAAGAAGAAGAAGAAGGAAAAGAAACAGAAGCACAAGAAAACUGAAAGCUCUGGUGAGGAAGGUGAAGUCAAGGAUGAUACCUCUGAAGGUGGUGAUCAGGCUAAGUACUGCAGCCACCCUCUAGUUUCUGUGUCAGUUAUUAAUCCUGAUGAAAUCCCAGAUGUUCCCAAAAAUCGGUUUUUGUAUCGUGCGGGGCCAGAAAAGGAUGGUGACAAUGAAGGACGCCAAGACAGAGGCAGAGAAAGGUCCCGGGCUACAGUGCGAGCCUAUACCAAGAGUGGCCGCAAAGUCAAGGGAAGGGGGUCGUUGCGCUACCACACUCCAUCACCAUCCCGCAGUCGUUCUCGCAGCAGGACACCACCUCAUUGGCGACAAGCUCAGAGACGUACCAUCUCCUACGAUCAGUUACAGAAAUGGAAUGAAGAAAAGGUGAGAAGAGAACAAGAACGACUCUUAAGGCAGGAAGAGCGAGAGCAAGAAAUUGAGGAAAGGCGGCGGCGACGUGAACAGCGUCACCGUGAAAUGGAGGAGGUUGAUGGGAAAGAUGGUGAAAAUAAUAAACGAGGCGAGUCAUUUCAACGAGAACAGGGAAUGAAAAGUGACUGGCGAGACCCCAGAGAUAAACUGAGGAAAGAUUUUAGAGAAGGGAGAAAUCAACAGGUUUGGCGAAAUGGAAGGGAUAGACAGCGAGGAGAACCAGAUUGGCGUGACGGUCGAGAACGGACUCGAACUGAAGAAGACUGGAGAGAGGGAAGAAACAAAGAGCAGUGGAAUGACAGAAGAGAAGAAAUUGGCCACCAAGAUCUCAGGGAAAAGUUACGAAGUCAACGUGAAAAGCUUGAAUCAAGCAUAAAUGAUAAAUUGCAGAGAGAUGAACAAGAUUCUGAUGACCACCCAUACAAAAGAGAAAAAGCUUUCAAGAAAGAAAAACAAGAUGACCCCAAGGAAAAACAUGAUUCAAAGAGAGAAAAACAAGAAGUUUUUGAUGAGACUGCAUUAGAUUAUGAAGCCAUGGAUAAUGAGGAAGAGGAGGAAGAAGAGGAAACUGGUGAUCAGAAAAAAAUAAAUGGCAGAAUAAAUGAGGAUGAGCCCAUUGGUCGUAACCCUUCACCAAAAACAAAAGAAAAUGGAGAGUUAAAAGAAGAAAAGGUGGCAGAGGAUAAGGAUCAUAAAAAGGAAAAAGGAUUGGACCAAAAGAGAGGAAAUAAGGAGCAAAGUGGAAGAAGUCGGUCUCGGGAGCGUAAAGAUAAAGAUAAUUCAAAAUCUCACGAUAAACCUAAGGAUAGAUCAAGAGAUAGACGUGGUAGAUCUCAUGAUAGAGGUGGUAGAAAUAGAGAGAAGCACAAUAAGUCCCGAGAUAGGAGAAAUAGAUCUAAAGAAAGAAGAGAUCGCUCCAGAGAUAGAAAUAGUCGGCGAGACAGAUCACGAGAUAGAUCUAGAGACAGGAGGGAUAGGUCACGGGAUCGAAGGUCUCGUAGUAAGGACAAGGCUCGAGAGAGGAAGAGGCAUCGUUCAAAAACUAGCAGUAGUGACAGUGAUUGAACAAAGAUAAUUUGUAUAUUCUCUGAGUUAAAGUUACUCAUUUUGUGACCAGCUUUAUUUCUACUGAUGUUUUCAUGUAACUUGCUUUGUUUUUUCUAAAAUAGUUUAUUUUAAUGUAGCUUGAGAUUUCUUUACAUACAGUACUAAAUAUUAAAUGUUUCAUAUCUGAAGAGCCUUGUUCACUAUUUGUUCACUUUACGUUAUAACAAUUCAUUUAAAAAUUUUAUAUUCACUAUAAACUUUACUAUUCAAGGGAAUAUGUGUCUAGAAAACUAUGUCCAGAGUGGAACUAAAUUCACUGAAAAAUAAGCUUUAUUCAAAUUACAGGACAUCUUGAAAACACUAUAUAGAGCUUUAAAUUCAAGGAUAUGUGAAUUAUUAACUCAUCUCUUACUCCUCCCUAAAACAGUACCUUCUCUAAAAUAAAGUAAACCCUUAGUGAAUGAUAAGUGAAUCUUGUAAAAGUUCACAAGUAUUUUUUUUUUUUAAGUAUGUCUCUAACAUUCAUAAGAAAAUACAAUAGAAGAAAAUUGUAUAGCUUUAGUAAAUAUGUUUGUUUAUAUAUAUUUAAGGUGAUGUAUGGCUGGGUUUAAUUUUUGAGUUGUGAUUACCAAACAGCACAUUAGCAUCUUCCUUAAAUACUCUCUCCACUGUGCUUCUCUUAGUGUUAAAAAAUGCAUUGUACUUGAUAAAUGUUGACCCACAUUUUUUGAAUAAUGUACCAGAUGAACAAUACCUUUUGAAAGCAUGUAAUUUUAUUUCUUGUGCUUCAGGGAAUGAUAUAUAUAUAUAUAUAUAGAUAUAUAUAUAUCUUUUGAUAGGUUAUAAAAAAAAAAUUCCAGUAGUAAUGUUUUUUAGAACUCAAUGGGAGGUAUUUUAUACCAUUUGAAUGUUCAGAAAAAUAAAACAUUAAUCCUGGCAAUGCGUGGAAUGUGUAACUAAUUUAGCCAUGAAGUAACAUUUACUGAGUUUUUAUAUAGCUAUUACUUGCAUUCUCAUUGUAAAAUUUGCUACAAGGGAGGUUCCCUGAUGCUUGUGAAUGGUUCUUCAUCCAAGGAAUUGGAAUUGUCCUUCCACCCUUGACUGGACCUCAUUGCCUCCCAUUCCCCAGGUAUUGUAGGACUCCUACGGGUUUAGUGUUUCUCCAAAAAUAAUCAUUGUAAAAAUAAUCUUAUACUUUUCAUGUAUACCAGUACAUCUCGUACAAAUAAAAUAAUGCUAAGG